GAGUAUUACGCCAACGAUUGUGAAACUGAAAUUAAUGAUAUGACAAAUGUAGAAAUACAACAAAUCACAUUGAAACAGCUUAUUGAACUAUUACAAGAUUUUACAGAAAUGGAGAAUGGAGAGUCUGAUGAUGAAGAAAGCGAAAUGUCUGGUGAAAAAUCCGAAGAAAGUGAUGCCAAUAAAGAAAAUCAAGAAUUUGUAUUGUCAAAUCCGAAAGUAAGACGUGGAAAAGAACGACCACCUGGAAGUAAAUGUUUAAAAUCAUCACAUAAACCGAAUAUCAAAGAAAAACAGCAGAGACGCUGUAAAAAGUGCAGUGGUGUAGGUCAUUAUCAAAAGAAGUGUAAUAAGCUAUAG